AUGUCAUUUCUAUUUAGAAGAUCGCAGGAGUCGGCCAGGCCCGACGAAAACCCGCAGAAACCCGAGAACCCCGAUGAAGUGCAGGAACGUCAACUUGAUCUAGACGAAAAGACGAUGGACCCUGCGCUUGAAGAGAGCGUUCCCGAGUUGAGCGACGAAAAGGUUAGCGAGGCCGAGAAACGGCCAGUGAAGAAACGCACCUCCCUUUUGCAGAACUUGAUGGGCAAUUCGAGCAGAAACACAUCGUCAUCGUCGUUGGUUUCCUCGGUUUCAACGACUUCGAGUCCGGGUUCUGGUUUGCCUCCGCUUCCGCCAUUGGUCCUUUCGGGCUAUAAGCCCAAUGCCAAACACAAGCUUCUCGACCAGGAAUUGGCCAGCAACGUGCGGAACUUGUUGCCGCCUCGUCUCCAGUUGUUCGAUACGUGGGAGUUGAUCUACUCAUUGAGUCAUCAUGGCAUGUCGUUAAACACACUAUUCCGCAAUUCCAAACCAGAGCACCAGUUGCUAGAGGCGAGAAAACUCAAAAAGGCAGAAAAGGGGUUUGGCGAAGCAAUUGUGAGCAAAAUGAUGGUUGCAGGCGCUCCAAAGUCUUCGUUUACAAUCGAGCAGAAGCGACCGCAAGGUUAUGUUCUCAUCAUCAAAGACGAGCAUCUCAAUAAAUUUGGAGCUUAUCUUAACGAGUACUUGCGGCCGGUGGAACUGAAGAGAUAUUACGGCAAUGGGGAGUGUUUUCUAUGGAAAGUGGAAAAAUACGAUCCGUCGAAACUAGACCAUCCUCAAGCCAGGGACAACAAAGCAUCGGCUCCUGUGGCGGCGGCAGCUCCUGCCGAUACUAGAUUCAAAGCCUUCAUGUAUACGGGGAUCAACGACAACAUCAUCUACUCCAAUCGCGACUUCAUUGCCAUUGGUUCAUCAAAGGGCAACAACGGACUUUACAUCGAUCUGUCCUUGAGCACUGGUGUGAGUUAUCCCUGCGAUACGUUUGGCAACGAGGUACUCAACCUGAGGGCCAAUGAAAAUUUAAAAUCCGGUCAUUUUAAAAUCGUUGGUCUUGAACUUUGGAGAGUUGGAUCUUUAGAAUAA